AAGAAACCUAUGACAUAGCAAACCAGGAAGAUUAUCAGAACACAACAUUUGGUUACCUGAAGAAAGCGAGAGAAAAUACGAUCUGACCGGAUUUCGAAAGUUUUUCGAGGAGUUUUAUGAGGCCUGUGAAAGACUUGAGAUGGGAAUCUUACGAGCGAUUUCGAUCGGUUUGAUGGGCAUUGAAGAGGCAGAUUACUUAUCGAAAUUCCAUCAAGAAUCGAACAACCAGAUCAGAUUAGCCCACUAUCCACCGAUCGAAGCCACUCAAUUAAUCGAAGGAGUCAGGGAACGAUUCGGCGCACACACCGAUUUCGGAUCGAUUACGAUCUUAUUCCAAGACCAAGUGGGCGGCCUUCAAGUCGAGAAUCCCAAUGCACCCGGCCACUUUUUGCAAGUCAAACCGAUCGAAGAAACCGUGGUCGUGAAUAUUGCGGAUCUCCUGAUGCGAUGGUCCAAUGAUACCCUGCGCUCAACUUUGCAUCGGGUCGGCCCUCCCGAUGUCACCGGCCUCAUCCCCUCCCGUUACUCCAUCCCGUACUUCUGUGGCCCGGAUCCCGAGGCCUUGAUCAAAUGCCUCCCAGGCUCCACUUCAGAACCAAAGUACGAACCAAUUUACGCCGACGAAUACAUCAAAAUGCGUAUGAAAUCAUCUUACUGAAUUGGAUCUCUCGCUUGCAAUCGUCAUGUAUAGACAAAAUUAUUUUUCUCUUUACUCGUCCGACACAAAAACAGAAGGUGAUCAUGAAAAAAGAAAAUGUGCAAGUUUGGAACAGAAGCUAAUCAUGUACUUAUCAAAAAGACAAUUGCCAAUUGGUAAGAAAUCUGUUGUAAAACUAUCAGCUAAGUUAUUCACAAUUUAUGGUAUGAUUUUUUUCCUUAUGUGAGCAGAUCAUGAAUGGAAAUCAAAUACUCAAUCUAUGUAGGAUGGAUAAGUUAGAGAGCUUGAAC